AUGCGUUGCCACCUUUUAAUCAAGUGGGCUUUGUUCACUCCAGUCUUCUCGUUACCAAGUUCAUUGGCAUGUCGGAUUGAUUACUCCGUUUGUGUUGAAAACUUUGAUAAUUCUAAAAUGUCAGGCGGUCACAAACAUCGUUACAAGAAUGUAGGAUUGAGUGCUGAUGAAUUGCGCCGUCGCCGUGAAGAAGAAGGUGUGCAAUUACGUAAGCAAAAAAGGGAGCAACAGCUUUUCAAACGUAGAAAUGUUAAUCUGCCAUCACCAAAUGCGCCAGAUGUUGCUAUACAGGAUGACAUUAACAUAUCUGCAACUGAUGAUAUUACACCACAAAUGGUAGUUGCAUUAUAUAGUGACAAUCCACAGGACCAAAUUAUAGCAACUCAAAAAUUUCGUAAGCUUUUAAGUCGUGAACCAAAUCCACUUAUAGAUGAAGUGAUAAGGACUGGAAUAGUUCCUAAAUUUGUUGAAUUCUUAACAAACAACUCUAAUCCAACAUUACAGUUCGAGGCGGCAUGGGCGUUGACUAACAUCGCCUCUGGGACAUCAGAACAGACACGAGUAGUAGUGGAGAGUGGCGCGGUGGCGGCGCUAGUGGCGUUAGUGGGUGGCGGCGCUGGCGAUGAUGUGCGCGAGCAGGCCGUGUGGGCGCUGGGCAACGUCGCCGGCGACUCGCCGAGUUGCCGCGAUGCCGUCCUCGCCGCUGGUGUACUGCCGCCCCUAAUAGAAAUCUUAAACAAAUAUACAAGGUUAUCCAUGACAAGGAAUGCAGUUUGGACUCUAUCAAACUUGUGUAGGGGUAAAAACCCUCCGACAAAUUUUGAAGCAGUAGCACCAGGUAUACCUGUACUAGCGAGGCUUCUCCACCAUACUGACGCAGAUGUCUUGACCGAUGCUUGCUGGGCUCUUUCAUAUUUAUGUGACGGACCAAAUGAGAAGAUUCAAGCUGUGAUUGAUGCAGGCAUUUGUAGAAGACUUGUGGAAUUACUUAUGCACAACAAAUCCACAGUAGUUUCAGCAGCAUUAAGGGCCGUAGGUAACAUAGUUACUGGCAAUGAUGCUCAGACACAGGCUAUUCUGAACUGCAAUCCACUACCUAGUCUACAUAUGCUGCUUCGCUCCAGCACUGAGGCUUUGAAGAAGGAGACUUGUUGGACAUUGUCCAAUAUUACUGCAGGGAAUGCUGUACAAAUACAAGCGGUUAUAGAUGCUAAUAUAUUCCCGACGUUAAUUGAAAUAUUAAGGCAAGCUGAAUUCAAAACAAGGAAAGAGGCUGCAUGGGCAAUCACUAAUGCAUCCAGUGGAGGUUCUCAUGAACAAAUUAGGUACCUAGUUGAACAAGGUUGUAUACCACCCCUGUGUGAUUUACUGACAUUGACUGAUGCUAAAACUGUACAAGUGGCACUUAAUGGACUUGAUAAUAUAUUAAAAGCAGGACAGCAAUCGGACCAACUUAAUCCAUAUGCGGCUCUCAUAGAAGAAUGCUUUGGCCUGGACAAAAUAGAAUUCCUGCAGUCGCACGAGAACUUGGACAUAUACCAAAAGUCUUUUGAGAUAAUCGAAAACUACUUUGGAUCGGAGAGCGAGGAUGGCCGCCUCGCGCCAGAGGUGUCCUCCACCACCGGCCAGUACCAGUUCGGAGCAGACCAGAGCAAUGCCUGUAACUGGGAAGUGAUAAAUCGCUCCAGCGAAGUAAUCUACACAGGAGAGUGUCUGUGUUAUGCACUGCAA